AUGGCAGGCAAGUUUAAAGUUGGAGAUCUAGUUUGGGCGAAGAUGAAGGGCUUUCCUCAUUGGCCUGGAAAGAUCAUUGAGGCUAAACCUGACAUCAAAAGGCCAUCAAAUAAAAAACCUCACCAAUUUGUUUUCUUUUUUGGAUCUGAAAAUUAUGCAUGGAUAGCUGAGGAAGGUGUAUUGAAAUAUGGUGAGAAUAGAGAUAAAGGAAAUCCUUCCAGCCGAGUACCAAAAGGAUUUAAAGAAGCAGUAGAGGCUGCUGAUGAUCUGUACAAAUCCAUGCCUGUUGAGGAACCAGAAGAAGAUUUACCCAGUAUUGAUGAGGAAUUGGCUCAAAUAUUCCCAACCAAGAAGAAGACAUCUGCCAAAGACUAUUCUCGUGAGCCCCUCUCUGGCAAAAAGAAGAAAUUAAAUAAGCCAGCAGAAUCAACUUCAAAACAGAAUAAACCUAGGAGUAAAGAAGGUGGAAGAAAAAGUAUCAAUAAAAGACCAUAUUCACCAACCUCAAGUGGUGGAAAAUCACCAGCUCCACAGAAACGUCCUAAAAUAUCUAAUUCUGUAUCACCAACAUUCUCUAAAACACCCAUCUAUUCACCUAAAGCUGAUAAUAAAAUGGCACUAUUACGACAAGAGCGAGGAUUUCAAGAUGCUUUUGAUUUUCAUGAUGAAGAAGAUGCUGAAGUACCCAGCACUACAACCAAUAGUGUAGGUGUAUCAUCCUCAACACAAAUAGAAGAGAAUUUGUUAUUGAACAAAGGUGUAUUUACCAGCAGUAAGGGUAUUGUACCCACUCCAUUACGUAUUGGUUUCCUAGGACUAGGUAUUAUGGGACAGGGUAUGGUGAUGAAUUUAUUGAGAUCAGGACAUGAAGUUACAGUGUGGAACAGAACAGUACAGAAGAAUAAAAACAUUGUUUUAGACAUCAAUAUAGCUCUCUUUCUAUGA